UAUGUUGUUUCAUCUUUUAGCGUUUCUUAAGUAGAAAAUAAUUAUAAUUUUGAAUGGGAUUUUUUUAUGAGUGACAUAAUAUUAUAUAAGACUCUGUUAAUUAAUGUAUAAAAUAUGAGUUCAAAUAUUCGAGAUUUAAAUACUUGCAAGAUCAUAAGUGCAGCUUAUGCUCUUGGGGAUGCUAUAGAUAACAUUUGUCAAUACUUGAAAAUUCGAGACUUGAUGCGUGUUUCUUCAGUUUGCAAAUUAUGGAAUGAAUCAGUUACACGAGAAUUGUCUAAAAGAGGUCCUCAAAUGGCAUUACUACCUGAUGAGUCUCAUUCAUGUGAACAAAUUUGGGAUAUAUUGAGGAUAAAACCUUAUAUAGGCUUGUUAUUUAUUGGGCCUAGUUUAAGGGAACGUAACACCAAAAAUUUAGAGUUUCAAGUUUUAUCAAUGUAUAAAAAAUAUUUCCCUCAGUAUUUAGUUGCUAUAGGUGUAGAUGAAUCAAUUAUGAAUGAACAAGUUAUUGUCAGUUGUCCAGGUCUGCUUGGUAAUCCAAAUGGAAUAUUAGGCCUUUUUAUUCCUGAAUAUCAAGAUUUGAAAAUAAAAAUUUCAUUUUGUACCAAUGGUGCAGGUACUGAUGCAGUUGAAAAAAUUACAAGUGAGAUAACACCUGAUGAUAAAAAAAUUAAAUCAACAAUUAUAAUGUUUUGUAACUCGCACCAAGGCUAUUCGAUAGCUCUUCAAGUUUGGAAAUUGAUUAGAAAAAGAUUUAAACAAAAAAACUAUACCUUGUGGGGAGGUGUAUUUGAUGAUGACUUGAAAGCUAUUAAUUGUUCUACAGUAGAACAUGUUGACAGUAAAAAGACAGCUGUCUUUGCUAUGAGUAUUACAGGUAGUUGCUUAGAAUCAUGGUCAAUGGUUGUAGAUUGUACGAAUACAAAAAGUGAUAUCAAUAAAAAGCUUUUGCAUUUAAAAAAUAAGUUAAAUCUUAAAAGACAUACAAUAGGCUUAGUAUGUGGUCCUCGAUAUGUAGAAGAUUUAAGUAAAAGUUCCUAUGAAAACAUGUAUCGUAAUAGUCAUGAAUUAAUGGCUGAAUUAAAAAGGAUUUUCUCAAAUAUACCAUUCAUUGGAGUUUUUAAUUAUGGUUAUAAUUGCCACUUUGGAGUAGAUUCAUCUAGUGAUGAUAACAGGCAAGAUCUUGCUCUUAAAAUGGCUAUGUCAAUAAUGAUUAUAUCUUAUGACUGAUGAAAGAAGAAACUUCAAACUUACAAAUU